GUAGGCUGUCAUUCUGCAAAAGCUGCUCAGAACAGGCUUUCCUCUGAAAAGCAGUGCAGUUCCUUUUUAUAAAGAUUGAAUCUAAACGUUGUCUCUGGAGACAAGAAGGCUUCAGUAUGUUAAAUGACUUUAUUGUGUAUUUUUGGAUGCUUAUUGAUUCCACAGUAGGAAGAGUGAGAGACUGCAGCAGCCUCUAAGCAGCACUACACGUUCCAUACAUUAGCAGUACUGCUGAAACAAUGGCACAGUACAGACACAUAUUUUCAUUAAGGUCAUUUCUGAAGAGGUGUUUAUGACCCUCUUCCCCCAGUCCUCUACUAACAAGUGAACAAAAUGAAUCAAUCAAAACUGGAAAUGCUUCAACUACAUCAAGAAUUUAUCAAAUCCUUAGCGAAGGGCCCAUAGCAGCUAAUUCAGUAUUUACAACUGGCAAUAUGAAGAUUGCAACUGACUAAGAAUCUUCCUAGUUCUCUGAACCACAAACUACAAGAUAUUUCUCCUAAGAAACUAAGGAGUUAAAAACCAGGGAAUAGGUCUAUAUUACUGCUGGAAUAUAACAAAUCAACAGUAUCCUAAGAAGAUUCUACAAAUAAUAACCACAAAAAAGAAAUACAAUAUAAUUACAAAAGCCUGAAAACAAAAUGGUGAGCAUUUUUAAAAGGGGAAUUUAACACACCAGAAUUGUGGAAGCUAUGGAUUCUUGAAGAAGCAAUGAAACAUGAAUUUUAAAAAAGAGAAUGACUUAUUUCAUCAACAAGCAAAAUGAACCUUUAGCAAAUGUUUUCUACACUAUUCAGCUAUUCAUAUCAAUUGAUGUGACUAAUGGAUUUUUCCAUCUGAGCUUUAUGACCAAUUAUGUAUCCUCUUCUAAUGAAAACAAACCAAAUUAAAUAGCACAUGGUUUUCAUCAAAACGGGGACUGGAUUUUAAUAUAAAGUAAAUUAUGUGAUCAAGAAGUCGUUUCAAAAUAAUGAGGACUGAUAUAGAAAAAGAUUUACAAAUGUAACAAAAGGAUGUCUAAAUACAUUUUAGAAGCUAGAAAACAUGUUUCCUUUUUUGUUUUCACAUAUUUUGGAAAAUAAAGGGACACUAUCAUAUAUUCCAUCAAAGGGAAACGUAAUUUCUAUCAUUUGAGGAAGUUUCUCUUGGUCGUGACUUUUUCAGGCAAAAAAAAAAAAACACAAAUAUUAUGUACUGUUCUUUAGAAAUCCAUCAACUCACUAAAUCUCAUAAUUCAUGCAGUUGAAGUACUGGAGAGAAAAUGAAAGAAUUCCUACAAGACAUGAAAUAAAACACAGCUACUUCACUGUUGUCAGGUAAAAAUUCAUGUCAAAAUCUGUCAAUGACAUCAUGUAUCAAUUUGUGAAAAUUUGCCAUAGUGAACCAAAAGGCCCAUAAGGCAACAGCAAACAGGGAAAAAGCCAACUGCUCCAAAAGAAUGUGUUUUUCUCCCAUUCUGGAAAUCAACAUGCAGUCUGAAUCUAACAUUACAGUGCGAGAUGACAUUGAUGACAUCAACACCAAUAUGUACCAAGCACUAUCAUAUCCACUAAGCUUUCAAGUGUCUCUCACUGGAUUUCUUAUGUUAGAAAUUGUGUUGGGACUUGGCAGCAACCUCACCGUAUUGGUACUUUACUGCAUGAAAUCCAACUUAAUCAACUCUGUCAGUAACAUUAUUACAAUGAAUCUUCAUGUACUUGAUGUAAUAAUUUGUGUGGGAUGUAUUCCUCUAACUAUAGUUAUCCUUCUGCUUUCACUGGAGAGUAACACAGCUCUCAUCUGCUGUUUCCACGAGGCUUGUGUUUCUUUUGCAAGUGUCUCAACAGCAAUCAACGUUUUUGCUAUCACUCUGGACAGAUAUGACAUCUCUGUAAAACCUGCAAACCGAAUUCUGACAAUGGGCAGAGCUGUAAUGCUAAUGAUAUCCAUUUGGAUUUUUUCUUUCUUCUCAUUCUUAAUUCCCUUUAUUGAGGUAAAUUUUUUUAGCCUUCAAAGUGGAAAUACAUGGGAAAACAAGACACUUUUGUGUGUCAGUACAAAUGAAUACUACACUGAACUGGGAAUGUAUUAUCAUCUUUUAGUACAGAUCCCAAUAUUCUUUUUCACAGUAAUAGUAAUGUUAAUCACAUACACCAAGAUACUUCAGGCUCUUAAUAUUCGAAUAGGCACAAGAUUUUCAACAGGGCAGAAGAAGAAAGCAAGAAAGAAAAAGACAAUUUCUCUAACCACACAACAUGAGACUACAGACAUGUCACAAAGCAGUGGUGGGAGAAAUGUAGUCUUUGGUGUAAGAACUUCAGUUUCUGUAAUAAUUGCCCUCCGGCGAGCUGUGAAACGACACCGUGAACGGCGGGAAAGGCAGAAAAGAGUCUUCAGAAUGUCUUUACUGAUUAUUUCUACAUUUCUCCUCUGUUGGACACCAAUUUCUGUUUUAAAUACCACCAUUUUAUGUUUAGGCCCAAGUGACCUUUUAGUAAAAUUAAGAUUGUGUUUUCUAGUCAUGGCUUAUGGAACUACUAUAUUUCACCCUCUAUUAUAUGCAUUCACUAGACAAAAAUUUCAAAAAGUCUUGAAAAGCAAAAUGAAAAAAAGAGUUGUUUCCAUUGUGGAAGCUGAUCCCAUGCCUAAUAAUGCUGUAAUACACAACUCUUGGAUAGAUCCUAAAAGAAACAAAAAGAUUACAUACGAAGACAGUGAAAUAAGAGAGAAAUGUUUAGUACCUCAGGUUGUCACAGACUAGGGAAAAGUCUAAUUUUUACCAAAUCCACAUUCAGAAGAGUUUUAGAUUUAAAUUGUAAAAAAAUGAUCUUACUGCCAAAUAUAAGAAAAACCAUUUUAAGUAUUAUGUUGUAAAUUUUCAAUGUGUAUGUCAACUAGAUUAGCUCAUAUAUAUUCGAUUUCUUCAUUAUUUAAUGUAUUUGUUGCAUGGCAGUUUGUUAAAGUAAAUAUCAUGUGUAUAUUUUGUCAAUAUUAUGUCCAUCAGAAGAUAUUCAUGUAAGUCAUAUUUUCUAAAGAAUAAAUACAUAGCCUUAAAACAGUGUAUAACUUUAAAAAGUAACGACACAGGUAUCUGCUUUUUAAAAAAUAUAUGAAGUGUAUUGUUUCUAAGCCACAAACUAUACAGAUAUAUUUAUAUGAUAACAACUGGAAUAGCAUUUAACAUAAAAACAAAAAUUAUAGGCUCAAAACAAUUCAUGAUUUUCUGUACCACUCGGUUAUGUUUCCUGAUAUAGUAUACUUGCUAUAAUGUUUGAUGCAUCCAAAAUAAUGAAGUAUGGCUGAAACUUCAUUCUUUCUUUUGAAUGUAGAAAAUCAUAGAAUUUAUAAGUAUUUUAAAAUUCAUGCACCAGAAAACAAACAUCCCCAUAUAUGCACAUUAAAAUAUGGAAACUUUAAAAUUCAAGUUUACUAUGAAAAAAAAAAAAAGAAAAAAGACUGAUUUCCUAUGCCUAUAAAGUACAAAUAAACUGACAAUAAA